AUGCGCCGCGCAAUUAUUAUAAUACUGUCCGUCUGGAUCAGUGUUGAGGCGCACACGUCGGUUCUGCAGAAUUAUGAAGAACGACUCAAUUCGGCGUUCAGGAAAUCCGGAUCGAAAACUAUUAAGAGAUAUAAAUGCGUAGAGGAAUAUGUGACAUACGACAUGCAUGGUAAGCAAAUCGACGCCGUCAAAGGUCCAAAGUUCACAACGACAGUGGCGCCGCCGCUCUCAAUUAACCGCGAGCACGAGAUUCUUCGAAAACCCGUGAAAAAGGUGACGAUAGCGAUCAAUCGUGAACAUCUGAAUCAUGAAUUGACGACGACGACGACGACGACAAAAAAGCCUGAAACGGAAGCGCCGAGAAAAUCGCUGGAAGAGCUGGACGACGCUGAAGCGGAUCGGAUCAUCGAAGAAAUGUAUUUGAAUAAAAGAAAUAAGAAUCAAAAGCAAACAACUGUUGAGCCGCCGAUACCGACUACACCGAAACCGGACGAAAUUAGAGAAGACCGGCGAAAACCGGUUAUAAUGCAUGGAGUCACUGAUUCAGAGGACUAUUAUUCCAAUGAGCGAAUUGAUGAUUUUCCGCGUCAGCGAAAUCGCAAUCUCGAAAUCGAAGGAUUCGAUCCAUAUGAUGACAUGAUAUUCUACAGGAAAAUGAGAAGAGAGCACCGUAGAAGACGUCCAAUGUUAUAUGACGAUGAAGAGGAUCUCGCCGAGUUUCGCCGAUCGCCGCCUCAUCGUCAACGGACCAAUGAGCUCUCGCCGCUUCGCUCGAUGAAACGCCUUCGGCCAUUUACCAAUUAUCCAGUGAGAAUGCUGCCAGUCGAUGGAUCAACUCAGCCCAUGCGAGCGCCACCAGGUCCGAUGCCUUUGGCUCAACCUCCGGGCACUCUUCCAGCGUCUUUGGCGCCUUUGCCAGGCGCGAUGAACGCUAUAAGGCCGGCAGCAUAUGCUCCACACUAUGGGGCUCCGUCGUUUCGGCCUCAACCUCCGCCAACUCCAACGCCGGAGACGCUUAAAAUGAAGCCAUUGUUGCAAUCAAGCACCCAGGAGAUGCAAGAAGCGACUCUGGAAAGCUGCUCGAAAAUCGCGAAACUCGGCAAACAAUUCGGAAUCAAUGAUGUUUCGAGUUGGGCUCGAAGCAAUUGCUCAUUCCUCCAAAUGUACGCGCCAACCGCCAGCUGCGAGCUCAUCUAUCACUUCAUCGACUCGUGCAAAAACAAGCACUUCUUCUAA